CCCAAGCCCAUACGUUAAAAACCCACAUACUCACGCCACUUUGCUGCCAUCAGUAGUUGUUACCUUCUAUUCUUUAUAUUUAUUUAAUACAAUUCCACACAUUAGUGUAUUUUACUCGGUCAUAUCUCUAUUGACCCAUAAUCUUGCCCUGCAAUCAUAACAUCAUUGUUGCCUCCAUCGCCUUACCAUCAUUGCUGCCCUCCAUCGCCUUACCAUCACUGCUGCCCUCCAUCGCCUUGCCAUCGCGUUCUGGUCACGAUUAGUUGUGGCAAUCGUUUUGUGAGUUGCGGACUUUCUGUCUUUCUGUGGUCCAAUUCGCACAAGUGCAACGACGGUUCAGCCUUCAGUCCACAGGCCACAACUCCAUUGCCGUUCCUCCUCAACGUCACCACUUGAGACACCGAUGCUCCUACUUAUUGGUUAAUAAUAAUAUUUGCUAUGCAAAUCGAAGAACCGAGUAUAGAUAUGAAUCCAGUGGAAGAAAUGAUUCGCUCUGAAGAUGCCAUAUUUUUUUAUAUGAAUGUUGAUAAUGAGGCUGUGGACUUGGAAGAAUAUAUAGAAGAAGAUGGAGAAUAUGAGGAAAACAGUGAGGACGAUGAGGAACUCGUUCAGGAAAGUGAAGAGGAAAAGGGGGAGACAGGAGAGGGAAAAAGUGGAGAUAUGAUUCCCUUUUUCAAAAAUAUUGAUGUUAUUAAUGAAGAUGUAACUAGUAGUUGGUCACUAUUACAACCAACUAGUGAGUGGACACCGAGUGUUGAGUUAAAGAAAGGGUUAACUUUUAAGGAUAAGG